AUCAACAUGGAGUUGGUAGUAAACAGAAGUAUUCUUCUCUGUGUAUUUAUAACGUCUUGCGUCGCGUGCAUCGUCACUGCCAACUCUUUAAAAUGGGCGGGAAGUAGCAGCGAUGAUACGCAGCGUUUUGGACAUCUGAGAGCGAAGCGGCAGACCGCCGACCUAGUCUAUGUAGGUACAACACUAGUCCGAAGUAAACUUCCAUAUUUUGCGUCUGAAUCAUCGUCACGUGAGAAACGGGCGGCCAACCUUGCAGACGAGUGCAGUGCGGCGCACGACGGCGAGGAACAAAAAGAUGAAGAUCUCAAGGCACUACUGGAGAAAGCCAAGUCAUCUUUUCCGAUGGUGAACGAAAGCAGCUUUAGCAUGUCUCUCACGUGGGCUGGCAAUGGAGUAAUCCUAGCUUACACAACCUCGGAACGAAACUUGCACAAACCGGAUCCACCAAAAAUCUACAGAAGUGAAGACAACGGAAGAACGUUGAAAGUGGUGGAUAGCUUUAAUGGUCUCUCCAUCAACACAUACCUGGGCUUCCAGAAAAGGAUUACUGAUACCGAAGGGGUAAUUUUUGUUGCUGAACAAAAGCCAAACGACCACGGCUCCACAUUAUUUAUUAGCAGUAAUUCGGGAAAAACCUUCACGACAGUGCCAGUGCCAUUCCUGCUGCAGGAGCCUCUGAUUUUCCAUCAUAGCAAGCCUGAUUGGCUACUAGCAAAGUCAGCUGAUGCCUUGCGACAGAUCUGGCUGUCACAAAAUUUUGGCUCCACUUGGACAUGCAUUAAUGAGUACACUACCGACGUCAAAUGGGGUCGCCAGUGUUGUGACAGUAAUGAGACCAUAUUUAUCAUGACGGACCAGAUGGGUAGUGAAUACACUAACACCACUCUGUACAGAAGCACUGAUCUUGGUGAAACUUCCAAAGUGUUGCUGGACAGAGUUCAUGGACUGGCAGUCGAAGGAAAGUUCAUGUACGCCUCUAUUCUGGAUCAACACGGAUCACAGGACCGUGCUCUUGUCGUGUCGACAGAUGGUGGCGACACCUGGGACGAGGCUCAGGUACCAGCAAUAAGGCCAGAGCAGUUUUUCACGAUUCUCGAUGGAAGUGAAGGAAUGGUGUUUCUACACGUCGACGAAUUGGGAACCUCAGGCAAAGGCACGCUCUACACUUCUGGGUGCAGUGGCCUGGUCUUCUCUGAGAGUCUGCGAAACCAUUUGUAUACCAAAAGUGACAGUAUCACUGACUUCCACAAAGUCAAGUCAAUGACCGGGGUAUAUCUGGCCAGCCAGAUCAUGCCAGACUCUGGUGUUAGAACAAUGAUCACGUACAACAGAGGUGGAAGCUGGCAGCAGAUCGAUCAACCGCACAAAGGCGUUUGCAGCUCAGCAAAGACGGCAUGUAACCUGCACAUUCAUGGACCGUUCAGCAUGUCGCGCAACAUUGUCGUGCCGUCGCCACCGCUCAGUGUUGAAAGCGCUCCCGGUCUCAUCAUCGCCCACGGUAACCUCGGCGCAACACUGGAGACGGACGAUCCGGAUGUGUUUGUGAGCAGGGACGGCAGCUACUCGUGGUUCAAGUCUCUCUGUAACCUCGGCGCAACACUGGAGACGGACGAUCCGGAUGUGUUUGUGAGCAGGGACGGCGGCUACUCGUGGUUCAAGUCUCUCAGUGGACCGCAUCACUUCGCGAUCGCCGACUACGGAAGCAUCAUCGUCGCCGUGCCCCACAACGUGUCCGGUAACGCCGACACGCUCAAGUUUUCGAUCGACGGCGGCAUGGAGUGGCAUUGUUACGAGUUCACGAACGAGACUGUGCACUUCACUGGUCUCCUCACCGAGCCGGGCUCGCGCUCGCUGUUCGUUAACCUGUGGGGAUACGACGUCGUGAGCGGCGACUGGCAGAUCACGACGAUCGACUUCAAGGCCGUGCUGAAGACUGAGUGUAAGCGAUUAGGGUACAGGAAGAUAGCAGGUGACAGGUGUGAGGGAGGCUGGCAGCCAAAGUCAUUGUUCGUCGAUCUCAACAAGACCUGCAAUGACGAGGAGAAGUUUGUUGCAGCACCGAGCAACCAUGUCGCCACUAAUGACUCGUCGGCGAUGAACGAUGCGAUCGUGGCGAUGAUUGUCAUCGUUGUCGUCUGCCUCUCACUGUGUAUGGUCAUCGUCUUCAUUAAGAAACUGCAGCAGAUAAAGUCCAGCACGGCUCGGUAUCGUUACGCGAGACUCAGCCAAGGUGAGCAGGUCGCCGUUGACUUUGGUUCGGAUGAUGAGCAGACUUCGUUGAUGAGUACGAGCUGUGCUGAGCCGUUCAGGGAUGCAGACGCAGAGGACACCACCGCUGAAGCCAAGGCGAGCGGCGGCGGCGGUGACAUUGCAGGGCCAGCGAGACUCCCCGCCUCCUACCACAAGACGUCGGACGAGUCGGACGACGAUCUCUUGCUCAGCGUUAAUUAACAAGUUGGCGUAAUGUGAUAUCUGCAUCAUUACCUGGUGCUUCCGACCUUGGACAACUCGAGGAAAAGUAAAGCAGAUAUGAUGCGCUGUGAGGUUUGUGAAGUCUCAAAUCAUACACCAGCAUAGCAACGUGUUGGAUGUUUUUUUCUCUAAAACAUAUAUAAACAUUGGCAGUGUGAGUGGCUGUAAAUUUUGUAUGUACGCGAAGUCAAUUGCAGAGGGACGGAAAACGAUAACUCGUAGUGUAACAAUUACGCUCUCCCGUCGUGCGGCGGUGAUGCGCAAUGAAUGAAUGGCCUAUUGUUUUUCUGGUGGCGUCAUUUAAGUAAUGUGCACACAAAAUUAAACACGUGCAUGUUUUUACUCAUUGACUUAUCCAGAUGGAGUAUGUGGCAGGCAGCUUACUGCAAUCAGCAAUAUGUGUUCUAAAACUCUUCUAAGAGCCCCAGAGUUGAUGAUUUAAUAUACAUGCGUAAAAAAACAGAAACUGGGCGAGUGUGACCAACGUAGCAAGAAUAUCAAAGAGGUCAUCGCCAUCUCACUCAGAUGGAUAGGUCAAUGGGAGGGGGAGCUUGUUAAUGAUUGGACUUUGACUCUUGCAUUGACGAGCAUGUGCCAGUGAGCGACAUGCGUGUGAAAACUUCGCGACACAAGUUGACACUAUUAUGUACAAUUCCCGUUUGUCACGCGACACCAGUCGGUGCUGCCACCCGACGUCGACGGUUGGCAACUUCGUGUUUCCGAGCUGUGAAUUUUUCUUCUGCAUAUAUAUGCUUAAGUUGGGCUAGUGUGUGUGUGUGUGUGUGUGAACAAUUUCUUUUUGCUGCUUCGACUGGUAGCUUCCCGACGUAAAUUCACAUUGGUGAAGAAACGUGUUGGCACUUGAACUGUACGUAGAGUUGUGAUUUUUGGCAGCAGCACACCACAUGCUAAAGAAACGCAAUCUGGAAUUUAGUCGCCCUCAGGUUCUCUCUGUUUAACAUGACACACCGGUGAUUGCAAGGGUUUGUGCGCGCUGUUUGUAAACGGAUAGUACACGUAUGUAUCGUCCAUACACUGGAACACUUACAUGUAUGCAUAGCACUUGUAAAUGUCACACUGAGAGUGCCGGAGGGCACCUAAAUAACUAGCUCGUGUACCUUCAGUAUUUUGUUUUAAGAUGGUAGAAGAGGUUAUAUUCUAUGCUUAAUUAUGUUUAUGUACUUCUUUAAUUAUGUUCUGUAUUGAUUAGUGUCCGAAUCUCAGAUGCCAAUCACUCGUUCGCGACUUAUAUCAACGUUUGUGAGCGUUGUCGCAUUCCUUUUGAAAUUGCGUCGCGAAAUAUGCUGUUUUUCUGUAGCGAUGUCACAUGAUAAUGUUAAUUAGUGAUUCCAAAGACGGUGGCGGGAAGUCGAAAGGUAGCGUUCGAAAGUCGAAUGUAUAAAAAUCGACAUUUAAGGAAGUCGUGCAUUCCGCUCGUUCCGCUGUGAACGCUCCUAAUAAUAAAAUUGUUACUGUGUGAUUGAUUAGAUCUGCAUCUCUGAUACGUACACGCACCACGAGCCUAUGUCCGCGGUAUCAGGUGCAUGCGUGUGUGCGUGAGUGUGCGUGCGCCCGUGCGCGAGUGUGCGUGCGCCCGUGCGCGAGUGUGCGUG